GGUGCUGAACCUUUCGUUACUGGCAAGACUAUUUGAUCCCCCACGCUGACUGUCAUUUGAACUGCCAUUUCUACGUCAUGUACCGUCUGCCCUAGGAGUACUUAUUUCCUGCUCGCCUAGUUCAGAUUCAUAUUCUCUCAACCUAGCUGAAACCAUGGACCUACUUUCGGUUCAGUGCUGGUCCGUUUGAAUACCGUGAGUUUCUAUAUCUGAGCAUGCGUCAACUGAACCGGAGUAUUUGGGAGUCUGUCGUUGUGUGGGAUUGAUGCAGUUUACAUAGGUAUGGAGUUGUAGCGAAUCGAUAUUUGAGUUUGCCCGUAGGAUGAGGAUUACAGGAUAGUGUGAUUGGUGGUACAGGAUCAACAGCGAAGGAAGAGGCAGAUUGUUUUGCACGGUGAGCUUAAGCUUCUCUUUCAUCGACCUGGAUAUGGCGUUGGGCGCCUCCGUUACGGCGCUCAAACCAUGUGACCCAGGAUUGCCACGGCAGGCGCUGCUGGAGCCCAUCCAGACACAUCUGCCCCUACAGGUGCCAGCGGAUUUUGAGUGUCCCAUUCACUUGGACAUCAUGACAGACCCCGUGACUCUGAGCACCGGCAUAACAUACGAUCGCGUGAGUAUCGAAAGGUGGCUGGAAAUGGGUCACAACACAUGCCCAACCACGAACCAGACCCUCCAGAGCAAGAAGUUCAUCCCCAAUCACAUUCUCCGCAGCACCAUUCAGAAGUGGUGCCUGGCCAACAGCACGCCCGGGAUCGACAGACUACCGGCCCCGAGGCAACCAGUGGAGCUUCAGACAGUGCAGAACAUACUCCAAAUCAUCACUGAGUGCGCCGACGCGGGGCACUGCGACAGCGAGUCUUUGGAAAAACUUUACGCCAUAGCUGGAGAAUGCAGCCGCAACAGGAAUUGUCUGAAAGAAGCUGGAGCAGUUCCCAUACUCAGUGCCGCUUUAGCAAGUUCAAGGACAGAUCUAGACAGCCGGAAAGCAGCGGAGCGCGCCCUGCACGUGAUUGCGUUGCUGAAACUCGAUGACGAUGACAAAAAAUCGCUUGUGGAGUGGAAACCUUUCUCUCGUCUCUGCACGAUUCUCGCAUCGGGGUCCUCCAGUGGAAAGAUUAUGGCCGCCAACUUGAUACACAUACUCGUCGGUGAGGACGCAUGGCUGAAAGCCAUUGUGGGCAACUACCCAGGGGCGAUCAAGGGGCUCGUGAGUGUCCUCAGAGAAGCUGGUUUACGCCCCAAACCAACGAAGAUCGUGUUACGGUGUAUGCUCUCUCUCACCUCCACGAAAAAGAACUGCAUCGCGGCGGUCGAUGCCGGCGCUGUCGUAGCCCUCAUUGAGCUUGUACCUCGAACCGAAACGCGGAACUUGGAAUAUGCCUUCGCGAUUCUGGAGCUUCUCGCCAAAUGCGCGGAAGGGCGAGAGGGGAUCACGAAUCACCCAUUCGCCAUCCCUCGAAUCGUCAGCUCGCUCCUCGGCGUCUCUAACCAGACUUCCGAGCACGCUGUCGCGGCCCUUUGCGAAGUAAUCUCGCUCGCUUCUAACCGGUCCGUUGUCAAUACGGCGCUCCGAGCUGGUGCUUUCACAAAACUCUUGAUGCUUCUGCCCAGCAACUGUAGCCAGCGAGCGAAGGUGAAGGCGCGGAUGACUCUCAAGCUGCUCAACGAUGUCUCAGGGACGCAUUCCACAGGUCUGGACGGUGAAUCUGCCGUCAUGGUUUAGCAGGAUAUUGUGGAGUUAAUUCAAGAGGAUGAAUUAGGCUGCAAUAAGUGAUCGAUUUCAUUGCGAACGUUUCAAGAAUUGGUUGGCCUGGCUUGGUUGUUUGCUCGAAGAGCACUUGAGCGGGGGAAAAUUUGGGGUGAUGGCGGCGUAGCACACAUCUUCUGAUCCACAGAAUGGACGUCGACACACAGCCCUCGGUCCUUCUUGCCCGCGUCACCUUUGGGUGUGAAGAUUGUUAUGGAACCAUGUCACCUGUUGCGAAUCAAAUUGAAAGCAAUGACUUCAGAGGAAAACAAUUGAGGAAUGCAGUCUUGAUCUAGUCAAAUGUAGAGGAUCCAUGGAAGCAGUUGAGCAGAGGCUCCUAAAGAGUAUCUUGAAAUUGCUCAUGUGUUGCAACCUAAUCUAUUUUCUAAUACGGGUGAUCGAAAAACUGUUCUUUCAAAGAACAAUUACCCAAAUUUUAGCCAUUUCUUACUAGUGGUAGACCAUUCUGCUUCAAUUCUGAGCAGAUUUAGGAUCUGGCUACCCAAUUCAAUUCAUCGCAGUCUACUAGGAAAUAAAAAUCACAUGUUUUGAGAGGACUCUAAUAAGAUGCACACCAAUAAAUUUACGCACGAAGCUGCUUUCAGGCCA